GCGCCGAAGAAGUGUCACCACAUCUAGGAGUACUUUUGUGUACCACAUGGUCUGGUGACCAUUGGUCACUAUUGUUAUGUUCCGUCCGUUCUAAUUGUUCUGUACACUCGUGUUGUUUUAACAACUAAAAUUAUGAAUUAUUAAUAGUAGAAUAAAUAAUUAAACUAGACAAUGAAGUUAAAUUACAAUACAAAAAUUGUUGGCACUAACAUAGUUCUGGUGCCAUAUCGAAAACAUCACGUACCAAAGUAUCACAUGUGGAUGAAAUCCGAAGAAUUACAAAAAUUGACUGCCUCUGAACCGUUAACCUUAGAAGAAGAAUACAGUAUGCAAGAAUCUUGGAGAGAUGAUGAAGAUAAGUGCACUUUUAUAAUUUUAACCAAAGGAAAUGAAGUUGAUGAAGUAGCUAUGAUUGGUGAUACAAAUAUAUUUAUAACAGAUAAAGAAAACAAAGUGGGAGAAAUUGAAAUCAUGAUAGCAGAACAGUCUGCUCAAGGACGAAGGCUCGGUUGGGAAGCAGUUAUUUUAAUGUUAUUAUAUGGAAUUCAGUAUAUUGGAUUAAAAGUAUAUGAAGCCAAAAUCUCAUCGAGUAAUCACAAAAGUAUUCAAAUGUUCAAGAAACUUGGUUUUGAAGAAAAGUCUAAUAGUGUAGUGUUUCAAGAAAUCACAUUUGAAAAAAAUGUAUGUGAUGAAUGGACAGGCUGGUUGAAGAAACAAUUUAAGUUUAGUGUACAGGAUAUUCAAUGAAAAUUUGUUA